AUGUUGCUCACCUGGGUGCUUUCUAUAUUGCUAUGCUGUUCUGGGGUAUUGGCCGUCAACUGCACCUCAUUUAUUAUCUAUUCGCCAGCUGGUGCAGACUGGCUUCGCAAACAUUGUCCAAUAGUCACGGGCCAUGUUGCUAUCGGUCCGCUCAAUGACAAUAGCACGACGCAGCACAUCAGCCUUGACGGUGUGGAGGUGAUCGAAGGCUCUUUCGGGAACUAUUAUGUUGACAUAUGGAACCCACUCGAUGACCAGCCCUACUUUACACUCUCAAGUUCAACUUUGAGGGAAGUUAGGGGCGAGGUCGACUUCGGAACAUCCCCCACAAAGCUACAGAACCUCACUCUCCCGAACCUCAAAACUGUAAAUACCGACUUUCAAGUAGGCCUCUACGCACGCGAUAUCACCUAUCUGGACAUCACGAGUCUAGAAUCGGUGGAUUACUUCAGCCUUGCCGCCCCUAAUAUCACCACUUUCCGACACAGGAGUUUGCACAAUGCGACGUCUGUGAAGGUUCAUACGACGCAGAUCGACUCGCUUGAUAUUGUAUCCGACUCUCGGCUCAAUCUCAAGCAUGUUGACCUUGCUGGUCCAUUUCCAAAUAUUAAGAACAUUCCUGUCGGGUUCACGUCUGCCGAAAAACUCUCCAUCAGUGCCGAUGCAUCUGUGACAUUGGGUGGCCCCUCAACAACCAACAUGACAAUCGGAAGCCUUUCUCUCAGUGGGGGUGUCUCAGAUCUCAAGCGCAGCACGAAGCUGGAGUCACUCAGAGUUGAUAGUUUGGACUUGUCUAGCAGCAUUUCCAUCCCACACCUGGAAAUACCAUUCGAUAACCUCCGCGCUCUGACACUGAAACAACUUUAUGAGGCCCAUCCAGUCAAAGAUAUCACUCUACCCCCGCAAGCCGUCAAUUGGACAGGCGGUUUUGAACUGGACAUCAGUAAUGCUCCAGAAUUGAAUCUAACCUCGAUGUACCGUACCGAUGACCAAAACAACCGCGUCCAAACCUGGUACUGGCCAACAAACAUCUCGUCGAUUCAGAUUUCUGAUACUAAUUUAGGAAACGCAUUCUUCGAUACCUUCGUCGCCCAGCAAAAUGCCUCUUUGGACAGCACUUAUCCUCCAUCAGUGUUGAAGUCGUUUCAUGUCUAUCCGUCGAGAAACGCUACUGGUUUCAACUGCGCAGCCUUGAACGAGCUAUCGAAAAAGGGCCGUUUACCAAGCCCUCCGUUCAAUUUCGGAUGCUCGAACUCCACAAAGACUAGCGGUAGUACUUUCAUUCGUACAGCAAGCCCGCUUCACCUUGCCGGGGUUGUUUUUGGAGCAACUAUGUGGAUGGUAUGA